AUGAAGAGGAGGCUAAAUAAGAAAUACUUGAUUCUGAUUCUGGCAUAUUCAGGUUUACUUCUGCUAAUCCCGUACGUGUUAGAUUACGGGGACAGAUCGGGCCAACGCGCUAAACACGGACUGCCGCAGCAACAGCCCAGAUGUCCAGAUUUGGAGAACACGGUGGCGCUUCUGUGGGAUAACGGAUACAAAGUGAACGGCAGCGAGGUGCCGGAGCCCGCGGCCAACAGGAGCCAGGCUCGGAUACACAUCUACCUGCAUGCCACCUGGAGGACCGGCUCCUCGUUUCUCGGGGAGCUCUUCAACCAGCACCCCGAUGUCUUCUACCUGUACGAGCCCAUGUGGCACAUAUGGCAGGCUCUGUACCCCGGGGACGCGGGCAGCCUCCAGGGCGCGGUGCGGGACAUGAUGAACUCCCUGUACCGCUGCGACUUCUCCGUCCUCAAACUUUACGCCGGCUCGCAGAACAUCACCACCUCGUUCAUAUUCGGCUGGAAGAUGAACAAGGUGAUCUGCUCGGAGCCGCUGUGCGAUGCACACAAGCGGCACGAGAUCGGGCUGGUGAGGGAGGACCAGUGCGCCAAGUGCCAAAAGAGGGACCUCAGGGAGCUGGAGAGGGAGUGCAAAAAGUACCCGGUGAUGGUGAUCAAAGGGGUGCGCGUUUUGGACAUGAGCACGCUGGUGCCUUUGAUGAAGGACCCGGCUAUAAACCUGCAGAUCAUUCAGCUCUUCAGGGACCCCAGGGCCGUGCACAACUCGCGCUUGAAGUCGAAGCAGGCCCUGGUGAAGGAGAGCAUCCAGGUGCUGAGGAGCAAGAAGCAGACCGACAAGUACAAGCGGCUGCUGGUGCCGAGCAACAGGGUGAACCGGGCGGAGAGCUACGUCUCCAGCGCCAUGGAGAUCAUAUGCGACAACUGGCUCAGCGACAUGAUGCUGGUGAUGAACGCGCCUCCGUGGGUGAGGCGAAACUACCUGCGCAUCCGCUACGAGGACCUGGUCCUGCAGCCCAUGCAGGAGCUCCAGAGGAUGCACCGCUUCGCCAACCUCUCCACCUUCCCCGCCCUGGAGAAGUUCGCGUUGAACAUGACGCACGGGCAGGGGUACUCAUCGGACAAGCCCUUCCUGAUCUCGUCGAGAGACGCGAAGGAGGCGAUUUACGCCUGGAGGGAACGGCUGAACGUGGAGCAGAUCAAUCAGGUGGAGGCCUACUGCAGCGAAGUCAUGAGGCAGCUGGGGUACCAGAAGAACAGCGUGGACAAGGCGACAUGAGGACACGAGGGACCGGUGGGUCAAGGGUCCUGGUAUUCGAGGCUGAGGGCAAAAGGUGGAAUAACACAACAAGCGGCUGGAAUGUGGUCCGCUAGGAGUUCUCAAGUGUGCCUCUAAGGCUGUUUUCACUCGGUCGAGUCCGAAAACCCAAGUGGAAGCAGCAGCCAAUCACAGACCGACGCAUUUGAAACGAGGAGAAAGGCGGCUCAUUUUUACCGUGUUAUCUGCGAGAUACAAGCAGGGUCUGUGCAGAUAGAGAGAGAGAGAGAGAUCAGGGGGUGAAACAAGAGAGGCGAGUCUGCUUUACGUGCUGCCGUUACGCUGACCGGGCUCUAUCCCUCUGUCCUUUUAGUAGCACUAAUCCCCUCCUCAAAUCCCCGGGCAGGCGACGGCCACAAAACGGGUCCCUCCUGGGAGACGGCCCCCAGGAUCCGGAGUGGCAGCGUCAGGUUCACAGUCACCUGCGUGACUCCUCCGUCCAACUCACGACUAAGCACGGCAGGAAUCUUGAGCAUCGGUGGUACUAAUCUGCAGCUGCCUCACUCACAGCGCUAACGCGGAGCAUUAAAAGAAGAAACUGCAGUAUUUUCUGAAAAAAAGAGGCCCAACUUAGGAACUAUUGUUCCACCCCCGGCCCCUCUGGAAUCCAGACAGCUGCAGCGCCCCAUUGACAAAACACUCAUACGGGUGUGAAGUCUUCUAACAUCCCACUGACUUCUUGGAAACCUGCCUCAGCACCCUGCCAGUGAACUUCUUAGCAAGUUUUCACAAACACAACAGAUGGUACUGACUCAUAUUGUUAGCUGUUGUUUAUCGUUUUUUUUUUUUUAUGUUGUUGUUUCGUUGUGGGUCUAAAACAUUGUAAAAUGCUGUGAUAUCCCUCUGUUAGCGACGGGGUCUGUGUACGGGGGAGUAAAAUGUUUACCGGCAUCCACAUGUUCAACUUCACAAGUUGGUCCUUUAGCUGUUCUCGGGGUGGCGCCCGAAGAGGUUCUCCUGUCAAAGAAGGAAAUAACUUUUAGAUCUUUUAAACUGACUUAAAUAAAACUAGAUGAAAGUUGUUUUUUUUUUAAGGAAAA